AUGGUAAAACUGUGUGGCAAAGAAAAUCUACAUAAACUCAAAGAGAACUAUUGGAGUCACCUCACGUUACAUAGAAGAAUUCACACUGGAGAGACACCUUAUGAAUGUCAGGAAUGUGGGAAAGCUUUUUCAGAUUCUGGUGCCUUAACUGUACAUAGAAGAGUCCACACAGGAGAGAGACCUUACGAAUGUCAGGACUGUGGGAAAACAUUUUCUCGAUCAGGUGCCCUCACUGUACAUAGACGAGUCCACACAGGAGAGAGACCUUACGAAUGUCAGGAAUGUGGAAAAAGUUUUUCAGAUUCUCGUACCCUCGCUGUACAUAGAAGAGUCCACACAGGAGAGAGACCUUACGAAUGUAAGGAAUGUGGGAAAGCUUUUUCAGUUUCAGGUGCCCUUGCUGUACAUAGAAGACUCCACACAGGAGAGAGACCUUACAAAUGUCAGGACUGUGGAAAAACAUUUUCUCGAUCAGGUACGCUCACUCUACAUAGAAGAGUCCACACAGGAGAGAGACCUAACAAAUGUCAGGACUGUGGAAAAACAUUUUCACAGUCAAGUCACCUCACAUUACAUAGAAGAAUUCACACUGGAGAGAGACCUUAUGAAUGUCAGGAAUGUGGAAAAGCUUUUUCAGUUUUUGGUGCCCUCACUGUACAUAGAAGAGUCCACACAGGAGAGAGACCUUACCAAUGUCAGGAAUGUGGGAAAGCUUUUUCAGAUUCACGUACUCUCACUGUGACCGCUAAUGCCCCUCCUGAGUAUGAGGAGGCCACUCCUGCGGCCCGAUUGUGUCCAGAGCUCCAGGCCUUGCGGGAGCUUCCGCCACUUCCCGCCCCCGCGGCCUGUGCUGCCCAGUGGCCAGAGCGGCCUACUCGCAUCUCGGAGUAUCCGUGGGCCUGGAGGUCUCUUCUGCCCGGCUGUCGCCCAGACUCUACGUGUGUCUCGGCCUCAGCCCGCGGGCUUGCCCGCUCGGCCGUGGAGUGA